CACUUGGUAUAAUUCUCACCACAACUGUUCAAACUUCUUAUCCUCUUCCUUCUCUCUCUCUCUUUCACAAAAUGGGAAAUAUGGGCUAUCACAUUCUCUUCUUUCUCCUUAUUGUUUUCAGUACUUCAUCAGGGCUUGAUCAUCACCAAUGUCAUUCAAAUGAGCAUGCUGAUCAAGUGGGUUUGGAUGGCUGUGAUUUCUUCCAAGGGAGUUGGGUGCAUGAUGAGUCUUAUCCUCUUUAUAACACUUCCACCUGCCCUUUCAUCGAUGAAGAAUUUGAUUGCCUUAAAAAUGGUCGCCCGGACAAACUCUAUCUCAAAUAUAAGUGGAAGCCUGCUUCUUGUUCAUUGCCAAGAUUCGAUGGCCAGGAUUUUUUGAGAAGAUUCAAAGGGAAGAAAAUACUGUUCGUGGGAGACUCUCUCAGCUUUAAUCAAUGGCAAUCACUCACGUGCAUGCUGCAUGCUUCAGUGCCUGGGCUAAAAUUCACACUUAGCAAACAAGAUGGUCUCUUUAGCUUCACUUUGCCGGACUAUGGCAUUUCUGUGAGGUUAAAUCGUAAUGAAUUUCUAGUUGAUAUAGUGAAAGAGAAGAUAGGUAGAGUACUAAAACUUGACUCCAUUAACAAUGGCGAUGCAUGGAAAGGAUACGACAUGCUCAUCUUCAACACUUGGCACUGGUGGCUCCAUAAAGGAAGCAAACAACCAUGGGACUUCAUUGAAGAAGGAAACAGCAUUCAGAAAGACAUGGAUCGUUUAGUUGCUUUCGGAAAGGGGCUCACCACUUGGUCAAAAUGGGUUGAUUAUAACGUUGAUCCUUCCAUCACCAAAGUCUUCUUCCAGGGCAUUUCUCCUACCCAUUACAAUGGUGUAGAGUGGAAUGAAGGCAAGUCAGCAACCUGCAAGGGCCAAACUCAGCCCAUAAGUGGUUCAACAUACCCGGCAGGUCCGCUGCAAGCGGCAGCCGUGGUGAAGGAAGUGUUGAGCAAAAUGUCGAAGCCGGUGAGUUUGCUGGACGUAACAACACUAUCCCAACUGAGAAAAGAUGGCCAUCCUUCUGUGUACGGACCAGAUGGCAACAAGGGAAACGACUGCAGCCAUUGGUGCCUUGCUGGGGUUCCUGAUACUUGGAACGAGAUUUUAUAUUCAAUUAUUGUCAAUGCAGGAUGAAACACAAAAAAUAAAAUAAAAUAAAAUUGUCAAUAAUAGUGAAUUAAAACUAUGGGGAAGAUUUGAAAUUAAGAAAUUAAUUAGUUCAAUAUGUUUGUCAUUGUAAGGUUUUUAAUUGUUGUAAUAAAUAAUACUUGAAGGAGAAUCAAAUGGUUGAUUAAUUAA